AUGCCACUGCGACAAAUCUUGAAGAAGAAGGAAAACUUGGACAGAAGAAUUGUUGAAGACCCUCUAACGAUUCCGGUUUUAUUCGUGCGCACCGAUACAAAUACGCAAGAGAUAAUAUUCCCUCCAAACUCCCCUACUACUGACGAACAACUUCUUCCAACUACCAAGAAUGGUAGGCCCAAGAAAACCCGAAUAUAUCUUUUGAAAAAGUGGUGCUCUAUCAAUCGAGUCUAUCAUAUGCCGAAACCAUCCGAUCCAUCUCACAAGUCUAGGAUCUCGAUCUCUCGGAGGUUGUCAUCGUGGCUAGAAUUGAAGAGAGACAAGACCCCAAAGCGGGUACUGAAGAAAGUGCCAAAUAAUGGAAAAGUUGUUGAGAAUGUUGAAGAUAAAGGACCCGUUCAUGAGGUAGAGUGGGAAAAACGCGCCACCAGUAUGGCCAAGCUGAACCAUGAAGCACAAAGUAGACCUAUAUCACCCGCGAGUAAACAUAAUUUAUUACCUCAUUUCACACCUAUUAAAGAAGCUACUAGAAGUGGCCAAGCAGGAUUACAACCCAAGAAUGUUGACGACAGUCUCCAAGAAGCCAUUAGGCUCCACGAAGCAGGAGAACUUGGAACGUCGACAAUUAUGUUCGGCCGGCUUGCUGAUCCUUCUGGGGAGAACAAUGCUUUAAGUCAGGUUCUUUACGGACUUUCUCUCCGGCACGGUUGGGGAUGUACUCCAAACCCUGAAGAAGCAGUCAAAUACCUAUCAGCCGCCGCUGCUAACUCUGCACUCAUUGAAGACUUAGCAUUACAAGCAGGAAUCAAUCGAGGCGGUGCAGCUAAGGGUGAGCUAGUACUUGCAAUAUAUGAGCUGGCAAACUGCUUUCGCCAUGGAUGGGGUGUACAAACAGAUAAAGUCGCAGCUAAGCAAUAUUACGAGACAGCUGCCAAUCUUGGCGAUGCGGAUGCCAUGAAUGAAGUAGCCCGUUGUUAUCUCGACGGCUUCGGGUGUAAAAAAGACAAGUUCGCCGCAGCCAAGUAUUAUAGACUUGCUGAACGAGAAGGUAAUAAAAUAAUGGGAAACUCCUGGAUCUGGAAAGAUAAAUACAAUCCGGUUAAGGCCACUAAGUCGUGA